GAGUCACGCGCGGUGCAUUCUGGGUAGGGCACUUUCAAGCAGCCAUCUUGGCUUUUCGUCCUGUCUUAAGGGAGGGUGAUGAAGGGGAUCCGAGGAAUUACCCAGCUGUCGAGGCGCUUCUAUGCAGCUGCCGGGAGAGGCCAGUCCCUUGUGCAGCCCUUGACUGGCCUCCAGCUCACUCCUGGAGCUUUUCAUCACUACCAGGAUGUCCAUGUAACCAGGUUGCCCAGCGGACUGGUGAUUGCCUCGCUGGAGAACUAUUCCCCAGCCUCUAAGAUCGGCGUGUUCGUCAAGGCAGGCUGUCGCUAUGAAACCCCGGAAAACGUGGGGGUAACCCACCUGCUCCGACUGGCUUCUAAUCUUACGACUAAAGGGGCUUCAGCGUUUAAGAUAUGCCGUGGGGUUGAGGCAGUGGGGGGCAACUUAAGUGUGACUUCGUCCCGAGAGAACAUGGUCUACACCGUUGACUGCCUGAGAGAUGAUUUCGACACAGUGAUGGAGUUUCUGAUCAAUGUGACCACCGCUCCGGAGUUUCGUCCAUGGGAGGUGUUGGAUCUCACACCGAGAGUGAUCCUGGACAAAGCUCAAGCUGCCCAGAGCCCCCAGAUCGGCGUCAUUGAGAGUCUGCAUCAAGCAGCUUAUAAGAACGCGCUGUGCAACUCCCUCUACUGCCCAGACCACAUGGUUGGCAACAUCCAGUCUGAACAUCUGCAUCAGUUUGUCCAAAAUAACUUCACAAGUGCCAGGAUGGCUCUUGUUGGGCUCGGUGUGGACCAUGAUGUUCUGAAGCAGGUGGGGGAGCAGUUCCUCAACAUCCGCAGUGGAGCCGGGUCUGCCGGAGCCAAGGCUCAGUACCGCGGAGGCGAGGUCCGGCUGCCCGGUACCAGCAGCCUGGUCCACGCUGCCGUGGUGAGCCAGUCAGCAGCAGCAGGAACCGGCGAGGCCCUGGCCUUCAGCGUGCUGCAGCAUCUGCUGGGAGCCGCUCCAAACGUCAAGAGGGGAGCCGCCGUUUCCAACAAACUGGUCCAGGGUGUUGCCAAGGCAACCACUGACCCCUUUGAUGUCAGCGCUUUUAACGCGAGCUACUCGGACUCCGGUCUGUUCGGGGUGUACACCAUUUGCCAGGCUGCUGCAGCUGCUGAGGUGAUCAGGGCAGCUGUUGCCCAGGUGAAAGCCGUUGCCGAUGGUGGAGUCACGGCUGCUGACCUCACUCGAGCCAAGGCCCAGCUAAAGGCUCACUUCAUGAUGUCUCUGGAAACGUCAGAAGGUUUGCUGGAGGCAGUGGGAGCUCAGGCUUUGGCCAGCGGAUCGCACCAAUCCACCGAAGAAAUCUCCAAAAACAUCGACAACGUCUCCCUGAACGAUGUUGCUAACGCUGCAAAGAAAUUUGUCACCGGCAAGAAGUCCAUGGCGUCCAGCGGGAACCUCAUAAACGUACCCUUCGUGGAUGAGAUCUGAUGUCCUCUUUCAUCUCUGCACCCUAAUUAUCUGACAUUUUCCCUCCAUUUAAAGCCAAGCGGAGCUUAUUGUUUUUCAAAUACUGUUGUCCUAAAAAAUAUACCAUCUGGGUACCUCUGAGUGUCAAAACUGUUUUAAGUUUCAGAGUACUGUGUAUUACCCACCUCUAAACAUCAUCUGUAUAGUUCAUGUAAAAUACAGAAUAAAGUUGAUCUACCUGAAGGUUUUAACUUUGUUUGAUUUAAAAUACAGAGAAAAAAGGGA